GCUCGCGCCCUGCCUGUCCCGCGCGCGCGCCCUCGCGGCCUUCUCUUGGUCUUUUCCUUCCCCCCCCCAUAACUCGGUGCAGAGGUAGCGGUGUAAGUGGCCGGAGUCGCGCGGACGGAGGCCGCCGUUCCCCCUGCGUAGAACCCACCGAGUCUUCUUCCUGGUGCCUUCCCAUCUUCCACUUCUUCACACACACGCACGCGGGCGCGCGCAACUCUCACGUAAGCGAUGCCCUCGGCCACCAGCAGCGCGAUGGCGAGUAGCGGCAGUAAAGCGGCCAACGAGGCAAUGGUAGCGGCGGCUUCUUCUCAGGCAGCGGUUUCGGGCGGCACAACGAGUUCGGUGCAGACGGAGGCCAUGAAGCAGAUUUUGGGUGUCAUCGAUAAGAAGCUGCGUAAUUUGGAGAAGAAAAAGGUACGGAGGCUGGGUCUGUCUCUCUUUCUCCCCCUCUUCCCCUCCCCCCUUUUCCCGGGAGUUGUGAGGGUGGGAAUUAACGUUGACUGGAGCGAGUGGCGAGUUAUAAAGUUUGAAACACCUACAGUGGUGAAAGAUGCUGUGUCAAAGCACCAGGAAGUCAGUAAUAAUCUGGAAUUUGCCAAGGAACUGCAGAGGUGCUUCAUGGCUCUAAGUCAAGAUAUUCAAAAAACAAUAAAGAAGACAGCUCGACGGGAACAGUUAAUGAGAGAAGAAGCUGAACAAAAACGUUUAAAGACAGUACUUGAAUUGCAGUAUAUUUUGGACAAGUUGGGUGAUGAUGAAGUGCGCAAUGACCUAAAACAAGGAACAAAUGGGAUAUCUAUAUUAACAGAAGCAGAACUAUCCAUACUUGAUGAGUUUUACAAGCUGGUUGAACCUGAACGUGACAUGAACAUAAGGUUGAAUGAACAAUAUGAACAGGCAUCCAUUCAUUUGUGGGAUCUAUUGGAGGGGAAGGAAAAAUCUAUAUGCGGAACAACAUAUAAAGCCCUAAAAGAAAUUGUUGAACGCGUUCUUCAAACAAGUUAUUUUGACAGUACUCACAAUCAUCAAAAUGGACUUUGUGAAGAAGAGGAGACAGCAUCUGCACCUGCAGUUGAAGAUUCUGUGACAGAAGCUGAGCCAGAACCAACAGAAGAAUACACUGAACCAAGUGAAGUUGAAUCAACAGAGUAUGUAAACAGACAGUUCAUGGCAGAGGCUCAGUUCAGCAAUAAUGAAAAGGAACAAGUAGAUGAGUGGACAGUUGAAACUGUUGAGGUGGUAAAUUCACUCCAGCAACCACAGGCUACAUCUCCUCCAGUUCCAGAUGCCCAUACGCUUACAACUGUAGCUCAGGCAGACCCACUUAUUAGAAGACAACGGGUGCAGGAUCUUAUGGCACAAAUGCAAGGCCCAUAUAACUUUAUGCAGGACUCUAUGCUGGAAUUUGAGAACCAAGCACUUGACCCUGCUAUUGUUUCAGCUCAGCCUAUGAAUCCACAAACUUUGCAGAUACCACAGAUGGUUUGCCCUCCAGUUCAUGCUGAAUCUAGACUUGCACAAACAACCCAGGUUCCUGUACAACCUGAAGCUACACAGGUCCCCUUGGUUUCUUCCACAAGUGAGGGAUAUACAGCAUCCCAGCCCACGUAUCAGCCUUCUCAUUCAACAGAACAGCGACCUCAGAAAGAAUCAAUUGACCAGAUUCAGGCUUCAAUAACCUUAAGUACAGAUCAGACACCAACAUCAUCGCCAAUUCCAGCUGCAUCCCAGCCUCAGGUAUUUCAGGCUGCCUCUAGCAAACCCUUGCAUAGCAGCGGAAUCAAUGUUAAUGCAGCUCCAUUCCAGUCCAUGCAGACGGUAUUUAACAUGAAUGCACCUGUUCCUCCUGUCAAUGAGCCAGAAACUCUAAAGCAACAAAAUCAGUACCAGACCGGCUACAGCCAGACAUUCUCCAAUCAGCCUCAUCCAGUAGAACAAUCAGAACUUCAGCAAGAACAGCAGCUUCAGACAGUGGUUGGCACUUUCCAUGGUUCCCCGGACCAGUCCCAUCAAGUGGCAGGUAACCACCAGCAGCCUCCACAACAGAAUACUGGGUUCCCACGUAACGGUCAGCCUUAUUAUAACAGCCGGGGAGUGUCUCGUGGUGGAUCACGCGGCACUCGAGGCUUAAUGAAUGGAUACAGGGGACCAGCCAAUGGGUUUAGAGGAGGAUAUGAUGGCUACCGUCCUUCAUUUGCCAACACUCCAAAUAGUGGUUACACCCAGGCACAGUUUAAUGCUCCACGAGACUAUCCCAACUAUCAGCGAGAUGGAUAUCAACAGAAUUUCAAACGUGGUUCUGGACAAAGUGGCCCUCGGGGAGUCCCCCGAGGUCGUGGAGGGCCCCCAAGACCCAACAGGGGAAUGCCUCAAAUGAAUGCUCAGCAAGUGAAUUAAUCUAAUACUCAAGAUUACUUUUAAAACGCCAAAAACACUGGCCAGUGUACUAUUACAUGUUACCAGAAGAGUUAUCUCUGUUUUCCUUUAUAGGAAGUUCAUAGUAAAGGGAUUAUUUUCAUUGCCCAUAAAGACAAGACUACAGUUGUCAGCUUUAUAUUACCCGGAUAUGGAAAGAAAUGCCGUUUGCGCUGCAUGUUCUGUCCUAAGCGUCACCUUGAGCCUUGCACAUGAGAUCCAGACCCUUGCUUUGAUUUAAAACAAAAAUGGCAGUUACAGAGUAAAGAAAAUAUCUAUAGUUAAUUGAACAGGCAGAAAUAAUCCAACUGACUUCAUUGAUGUCAUAUAAUUCUGCAGCAAAUUUGGAUAAGAAUCUGUAAAUUCAUAAACGUUUUACUCAGACAGUUGAUAUAUUUAAACUUUUACAUUAAAAAGAUGGAAGAAGUGAAGUGUGGCUUAACAGAACAACAAUUACAUUUCAGCUUUUUCUGUUUCAUUGAAGCACCUGAAUAUUUACAUGCAUAAUAAAGAGCCCUGACUAGAUAUUAAACUGGUGAACAGCUUAGGCACACCCUUAGCUACAGCACUUUUUUUUUUAUUAGUCUGACUUGCUGUGGUAAAAGGGAUGCAUUAAUUGUUUUGUGUAUCUGUUGAUAUAAUUGUGUAAACCCAAAUUAAGCUUUGAUUGGCACUUUAAAAUUUUGUGUAAGAAAUAGAAGAUAUAAUCUGGACAGCCACAUGUUUUCAAAUGUGAAGUGUUGAAAGAGAUCUCUCCUGAACACAUUUCCUGGAUAGCAAUGCCGUUUGUAAGGAUUGGUAUUCCUCUAUCAUUCCUUAUAAUUUGCACAUUGUCUGUCAUUAAUACUUAAACUUGCUGUAUUACCACCUUAAUAACUGAUGCUGGUACUGAUGGAAAUUAAUGGGUAUGCAUACUACAUGUCACAUGUCUUUUUCCCCCUACAGCUUAAAGAUUUUGAGAAAUCUCAAAUUCCUGCUGGUGUCCUUUAAAUUUCUCUUUUUUGAAAAGCACCAGAAAAUGUUUUGAUCCAUUUCCCCUUUUAAGGGAAAUUACAGCCAGCAGUUACAGAUCUAAGCGAGAUAAAUAAACAUGUUUAUAUUAAAAAAACCUGUAUUCCUUAACAUAUCUUCAAUGACUGAUGAAAUCUCCACAAGCACAUUCUUUGAACAGUAUUUUUUUUCAUUCUCAACACUUAUAAAGAUGAUUCCCAAUCCAGAUAUUUAUCCAGUAAGGUAUUUAUCCAGUAAGGACGUGCAUUUAUCUGACUUUUUAAAAUAAUCAGGCUCAAUGUUGUCAAUUUGUCUUAUAUGGGGAUUGUAAAAGUUUUGAACAAGCAGAAGGAAAUGAAUCUUUCCAUCUACACAAGAAUUAGUUCAAAGGAUAGUUACAAGAGUCUGCUUCUGUGGACAGCCUACCUGUAAAAAAGUAAUGGUGUUAAUCACAUUGGGAUUAUAGAGAUACUGUUUUUUUUUUAAGGUUAGCAAGUACUGUUCUUUUUGUUUCGUUGGCAACUUUCCCUGAUUCUACAAAUAUGUAGACUCUUCAAUUAUGAUAAUUACUUUAAUUCUUUGAGAAUAUUCUACAUUAUUAUUAUUAUUUGUAGGUACUGUUAAUGAAAAAGAUCUUAAUAGAAAGUAACUUCAAAUAUAGUAUCAGAAGCCAAACAUAAAUUGGAAACCAAACAAGCAGAUUAUGUAUUCUAUGUGAUGCAUUUUUUAAAAUCAAGAUUACCCAAUGUGAUUUAAACAAGCUGCAGUGCAUAUAAAUUUAUCAGUAACUUACAUGUUUACAUAAAAUAAGCAACUCUCUUUCUAGCUUUAGAUUGGGAAAAGAGGCA